AUGUCAUCUUUCUUCAAUUCGCUUUCCGGCUGUCUAUGGGCAACAGAGCAAUCAUACUCUCGCUUGCCUCAAUCUGAAUCAGACGAACCUGGCCAGUCUCUUCCCCCUGCCAACGAUGCUACUUCCAAGUACCGUUCGCCCACAUAUGGACCUUCCCAAUGGUGUGAAAACAGAUUCGGAAAAGACCAGCCCCCAGAAUCUUGGCGCAUCCUCAUAAGCUUUGCGUCGAAUACCAACGACAUCGGGGAGGAGGCAUUCGAGCUUGACUUGAAUGGAGGCUGGGGUGCCUUACUUGACAUUGUCACUACAGACAUCGUCGGAUUGAUGAAGGAAGGACUGUACGUGUCCCAGGAUGAUGUGAAGGUGCAUGAGAACUACCUUACCUGGACCGACAGCCCUCAAGAUCAGCAAAAGACUUAUUACCGUUAUUACACUCUCAUUAAUUCCAAGUGGUCAGGCAAACUGGUAGUACGGUCCGAAACCCUUGAUAGCGUGGUGGGAUCUCGAUUAGAGCAUCUAUCGGCAGAAAGAGUGUAUCACGCCUCUCCUGCCGCCAUUAUUGGGUUCGACAACAACAGAGUCUACUACUACGAAGCAGCUUCUCAGGGUGAUAGAAUGAAUUUUAUCUUGGAUGACGAGCCUCUGCCAGGAUUGUGGCCAUGGCCGAAGAAGGAGUUGGACAACAGAAGAGACAGUGAAGAGAGUUUUGAUAUGGUAGAGGUGCAAAGUAGGAAGUCGCAAGAUGUGGUGCGAACCCGCCGCAGUCGCCAUAGCCAUCGGCCACGAGGGAGAACCAACCCUCAGCCCGCUCUCAACACCUCCUCCCCCAAGACGUCUCCUUCUUCCGGUCGUCAGGGGGCGCUAGCAUCCGCGUCAGCGGGAGCCCAGACGGACCCGGGAGGAUCAAGUCAAGGGUCGUCUGGAGCUAGCGACGUGGAAAUGCAGCGUCUUCCCUCUGAGACCGGAGGAAGUCCAGAGACGUUGGAGGUGGAGGAGUUGGGAGUGGGCUGGAACGGGUUGAUUCUCCUGUACUGGCUGGUGGCGUUGACGACCGUGGUGGUGAUAACCAAGCUUUGUCGUGGCCAAAUAUGA